AUGAAGUCAUUGAUUUGGGCAUUGCCUUUUAUUCCGCUGGCAUACGGCAAUAGCAAUUCCUCGUCAUGUCGUUGCCAACCGCACCAGAGCUGCUGGCCCUCAGAACAAGAAUGGAACUCUCUCAACAGUACCAUCAACGGAAACCUAGUAGCCGUACGGCCUAUUGCAGCAGUCUGUCAUGAAGGUGGCCGGAAUAGCUCGGCCUGUAAGGAAGUCACGGCGGCCUGGACGAACUCGACCUGGCGAGCGGCGCAGCCCGGUGCCGUACAGUGGGAAAAUUGGGAGUCCUGGCCGGAGCAUAAUGAGACUUGCUACAUCGAGAGUCCACGAAACAUGCCGUGUGGGCAGGGCCAGAUCUCCCUCUAUUCGACACUCGCCAAAUCAGCAUUUGAUAUCCAGGAGACGGUGAAGUUCGCAAAGCAAUAUAACCUUCGUCUCGUGGUCAAGAACUCAGGGCAUGAUUUCCUGGGUCGUGCUUCCGCCCCAGGGUCACUGCAGAUCCUUACCAAUGGGAUGAAGGAUAUCAAGAUUGUGGACAAGUUCACUCCGGCUGUUACAAUAGCCGCCGGUGUCAGUCUGCAGGAGUUGUACGCUGCUGUCGCCGCGAGGAAUAGAACCGUUGUUGCCGGAACUUCUCACACGGUUGGUGCUGCAGGGGGAUAUAUUCAAGGUGGUGGACAUUCUGCCCUGGGACCAUGGAAGGGGAUGGCUUCGGAUAAUGCCCUUGAGUUCACCAUCGGGACUGCUAAUGGAGAGCUAGUUGUAGCAAAUGAGUACCAGAACAAAGACCUAUUCUGGGCUCUCCGAGGUGGAGGCGGGGGUACCUUUGGAGUCGUCGUAAGCGUCACAGUCCGCACAUUCGACGACGCACCCCUUAUCCUAACCAACCUCAACAUCACAACCUCAGUGGGGAACCCUCAAUAUUGGGAUGCCCUGACGGACUUCCACGCAUCUCUGCCAAGGAUAAACGACGCCAAAGGCGCCGGAUAUUACUGGAUGGUUCCCGAUAUCAAGUUAUCAGAGAACACCAGCGUCUCAACAUUAACCCAAGUUUCAUCUUCCCCAAUCAAACAGACACAGCACAGAUUGACAUACGCCUCCUACGCAAUCCCGAGCGUCGGCUUCAUCUUUUCCAACAUUUUCCUCACUGGCAGCUCCGACCAAACAGGUGGCGUGAGCUUAUUAGGCUCAAGGCUCUUCUCCAGGGACCUUUUGUCAUCCAACAAUGGCUCCAGAAAACUAACCUCCGCGCUGCGCUCCAUCCGUGUUGAUCCCGGCUCAGCCAUCCUCGGCCAUCUCGUAGCUGGCGGCGCCGUAGCAAACAACGCAGGAAAGGUAGACAGUGCGCUGAACCCUGCGUGGAGGAAAGCAAUCACUCAUAUCGUAAUACCCCGGGGCUGGGAACCGAACGCCACUUUGGCUGAGCAGGAGGCUGUGAAAAGGAACCUUACUGAUGUGGAAGUGCCGAUCCUGAGAUCUGUUGAAGGAGACGAAAAGAUGGGCGCUUAUUUGAAUGAGGCGAAUGCUUAUGAGUCGGAGUUUCAGGGUUCGUUCUGGGGAGAGAAUUAUCGGCGUCUGUUGGAGAUUAAGAAAAAAUGGGAUCCUGAGAGCCUGUUUGUUGUGAGGAGAGGUGUUGGGAGUGAGGGGUGGGAUGAAUGGGGACUUUGUCGGGUUGAGAAGUAG